GUGCAGAGCGACCUUGAGAGGGCCAUUGCGUUGCUUCACGAUUGUGGCUUCGUGUUUGGUGACCUUCACGCAGCGAACGUGAUUGUCGUCAUCCCGCCGCCUGGAUUGCAGGAGGAAGUGCGUGGCUGCCUCAUCAAUUUUUACUGGGCUGGAGCCGAUGGAGUCGCCAGGUUUCCUACAUGGCUCGACCCGGCCAUCGAGUGGCCCGCGAGGGAUCUUAGAUAUGGACUGCUCAAGAAGCAGCAUGAU